GUGUGAGUUAGAGAGUUUAGAGAGAGAGAGAGAGAGCGAGAGUGAUCAAAGAUGGAGAUGUGGCGUGUCGUUUUGGUGCUUGCUUUGUCAUCAGCACUAUUGCAUGCAAGCAGUGCACGUAAGGUUCCUGGAGAUGACCAUGUUAGCCAUAAUGAGCAAACCGUGGUUGUGCAUGCAAGUGCACCAACGGCAGAGUCACCUACUGGCCUUGGUGACAUGAAGAACUUCAUAUAUGGCGGCGUUGGUGGGUUUGCUGGGAUGGGAGGAUGGGCUGGAGUUGGCGGUGUGAUGCCUAUUCUUGGUGGAAUUGGUGGCGGGAUUGGCAAAGCUGGUGGAAUUGGAGGUGUUGGGGGAGUAGGAGGUAUUGGAGGUGUUGGUGGUGGUGCUGGCGGUCUCGGCGGUCUUGGGGGGUUAGGUGGUGGUGCUGGUCACGGCGGUCUUGGGGGGUUAGGUGGCGGUACCGGUGGAGUUGGCGGUAUUGGCGGGUUAGGUGGAGCUGGUGGAGCUGGCGGUUUAGGUGGUGUGGGUGGUGCUGCUGGCGGUGGAGUUGGUGGUGGAGCUGGUGGCAUUCUUCCAUGUCCUUGAUCACUUUUUUUCUAAAUAUUUCAUUGCUUUGCAUGCAUGGCUAGCUAUCUGAUUAGUAGAAUGGUCUUUUGUUAAUUAGGCCUAUUAGGGGUUUGUCCUUGUUUUUUUCGACUUUAUUAUAUUCGGUCUCUAGUUGUAAUUGUUGGGUUGUCUCUUUGAGGCAUGCAUCCAAUGGUUUGUAUCAUUUUCCAUUGUUUUCUAAUUAUGUUUGAAUUGAAUGGAGUUAGCCUUCAUUGUCUUUGAAAUUACUAGUCAUGAUGAAUUGAUUUAUUAC